UUUAGACAGUUCAUUUAUUGGGAGUAAUUUCCAAACCGGGGUUUUGCUCACUUGCCUUGAAGGGCAUUUCUAAUAGAGGACGCCAUUUGUUGUGUAUUUGAGUCCAAAAUCGUAACCUUAACUCCAACCGUAGUAGCAGCAACGGUGACUCGCGCGAUAUUUUGCGACGGUGAGGACUUCCCUUCCAGACAACGAGUGGGCGGAAUGUGAGAGACGGAAAAGGAACUGUUAUCGUCGACCGACUGUAAUAUAGCUCUUAGAAAUAUGAUUUAGACGUAAAGAAAUAGCAAGAACAGUGCUGUGACGUUUUUUUUUUGUUGUUGUUGUUGUUGGGUUUAACAGAUAUUUUUAGGUUUUAAUUCUAUCGUGUGAGUCUCUUACAGCUGCACACAUUACGCAACAUUUACUUUGUCGUAAGAGGAACUGGCCUGUUUGUUCGAGCCAGCUAUAAUGGAGAUUUUACGAAACAGAUUUCACGGUGAAAGAUAUGGAUUAAACAUCGUCGAAAUGAUCCGCCACAUUUGUGUAGGGGCGGUUUUGAUGCUGUUAUUUAACAUAGAGGGGACAUUCUGCUUAAAUCCACCACAGGAUGUCAAAAUUGUCAGAUCAAAUCUGCAGUGGAAGAGUCCUCCCAAUGCUGGCAGUGUGCUGUAUUCACUGCAGUAUAAACUUGGCUCCAAAUCAGAUGAAUGGUACAAUGUGACAAGUCAUAAUAGGACAGAUUUAAAAUUUUAUAUCACGCCUGAGUUCUAUGGAGCAAUAUUUCGAGUACGUGCAGAGAAAGGAAGCAACGUGUCUGAAUGGCAGGAUUCAAAUAAAGUCGAGUGUGUAAAUGUUAACUCUUGUGUUCCUGUGAUGAAACUGUUUGUAAAACCUGAAACGGUUUGUCUGACUUUGUCACAUAUGGAUGAGAGCUUAAAAUAUGAAUACGGAGACCAUAUUGAAUUUAAUGUAUCAUUCUGGAAAAUGGAUAAUGCAGGAUCGAAGGAACAUUUUAUUACAAAAAACAAGAACGAAUGUUUUCCUAAACUGGAAUCAGAGCAAAACUACUGUUUCCAGGUUCAGUAUUUGCUCUAUGAAAAUCCUCAUGGAAAUGUUAGCAACCAAACUUGUGUAUUCACCCCGGAAUGACAAUUAUUCACAUUUUCACAGAUUCUGCAAGGCGUUCCAAAACUUUUGCAUGCCACUGUAUUGUAAGGCCUCUAUCGAACAAGUCGCCAAAGGAGAAACAGCAUCACGACAUUCCAGGAGAAUCCAAAGCUGCCCCCCCCAACCAGCAUGAAUAAUAAACUUCAUUUACAGCCAUCCCUGCAAACUCUCAAGAGAGUAUUAGAAUCUUCUGAUCCCUACAAUAACACCUCCUUGUCUGGAUCAAUCCUGCCUUAUCUCCCCAGGGGACAAAACACCCCAGUGCAAACCACAUGGUUAAUGGUACUCCAUUAACCAUGUUCUGCUGAUAUAGGAAGAGACACAGGAAGAGAGAGCGAUCAGCCAGACCCAUCACGAGUACCAAAGGAACGAUAAAAUAGUGAUAAGAGGAAUCUCCCCCUCUCUUCUGAGGCCAUCUCAAAACAGAUGGCUGGGGCAACUGCUGACCAACAACGCAUAAAUUGGCAAUCGGACAAACAUGAAAGACAGAUUUACAUUGACACGUCCCACCCGCAGGGUACGCGGGUCACUACAACGUGACAUUCCAGCAUUCCUUUCUUCCCCUCUCAGAUACGGCAAACGUUCUUUCCCUCCAACAAAGAAUACACGAACCUAUACCCACGAUCCUAAAGACAAUCAUUUAUCUCUACUACUAGUAGCGCAAAUAACCCAUAAUUACAUGUUGUCUAUGUCUCUUA